UUUUGUCAUUUAAACCAAAUCUGUCAAAUCAGUCAAAUUCGUCAAAAUUUUAAAAAUUUGGAGCAAUGCCGAGUUCUGACCAAAUCAGUUCAGCUGGAGUCUCUCGCACUUCCACCUUCCUCGAAAGUAAAUACUCAAAAUAUUUUGUUAUCCCUCAACGUUACAUCUUUUGCCUCCUCGCUGCUCUCAUCGUCCUCAACGCCACUUCCAUCGAAUACAGUUUGGAAAUCAUUGCUUUGAAUAAUUUCAUUUCGGACAAACAGAUCCAAACCAACGACACGUGUCCCUUCACCAAUCAGACCCAAAAAAGGGGCCAAAUACGGCCCACAAACGACUCGCUUCUGAUUUAUGACUGGAAACUUGACACGCGAUACAUGAUCAGGGAUUCGUUCUUUUGGGGUACUUUGUUGUCUUUUAUCCCAGGAGGGGUCUGUUCGGAUCAGUUGGGGGGCAAAUACAUUGUGACUUUGAGUGUCUUGUUCACUGCUUUUACCAAUUUGGUCGCCCCAGCCAUCAUUGAUAUGGGCAAGGGGAGAGUGGGAUUUGUGAUAAUGGUUCGAGUUUGCCUCGGUUUGUUUUACAGCGUUUUGGACGCGGCGAUAAUGUCGCUUCUUGCACGUUGGGCCCCAAUUUACGAACGUGCCACCAUGACGGCCCUCAUCUACGGGAGCAAAGUCCUAGGGGAGCAAAUACCCUACCUUGUGCAUAAAGCCUUUCAAAAUUUCACUUGGAGACCCAUGUUCUACUUGUUUGCUUGUGUUCAUCUCAUUUUGGGCGUUUCUUGGCACUUGCUUGUGUAUCCAAGUCCGGCCCAAAACCCGUUUUUGACUUUGAGUGAGAAGAAAUAUUUGGAUGAGGAGCCCGAUUUGAGUUUGGUUGAUGGGUGGAAGGAAAUCCCAUGGAAGAGGUUGCUCACAUCGAAGGCUUUUUUGGGCUUGUGUUGUUUCCAAAUUGGGUCGGGUUGGGCCUGGGUUGUGUUUCGAGAAACGCUUUUUUUGUAUAUGCCGAGAGUUUUGAAAUCGGGGGCUUUAUGGGAGUCGGCUUGGUGGACCCCUUUAUUUCUUUACUAUGGUUUGGCGAUAUUUUAUGGGUUUGUGGCCGAUUGGUAUGUUAAAGGAAGACAUUUGAGUGUGACUGCAAUGCGAAAAAUUUACAUCCUUAUAAGCAAUUUUGGACCCGCUUUAUGUCUCAUUUUUGUGUCCUUUGAACGCUGUAAUGAAUUCACAGUUAUGAUUUACACAACAAUUUCUUUGUGUUUGGAUGCGAUGUAUUUCUCCUCAAAUAUGACUAAUUCCUUGGACUUGGCGUCCAAUUUUUCUGGGAUUAUAACAGCAAUCACUGGUUCUCUCGAAUACUUAAUUUUUGGAUUGAGUUCUCGAUUAAUUAAUCGUUUCUUUACGACUGAAGAUUCUUUGAGUCAAUGGAGCUUCUUACUCUGGCUCACGUGUGCUAUUGAAAUUGCUGGUGCUAUUGUAUUUUUAAUGGUUGGGAGUGGAGAAACACAAAAUUGGAAUUACGUCGAGAAGGCGAUCAAUUAAAAAACAAUAAAAACAAAUUUGAAAACAUCUAAUCAUUUUAUUUUAUAUGAAUUAUAGAACAGUUUACUAUUUCGGUAAGAACCACCCGUGUAAGCACCUUGGCACCUCCCCCGGCGUCUCAAACUCCGCCCUCCCCAACUCGGUCAUGUCCCUACCGUCCAAGACCACCAAUCCGACCCGAUUUGUCACUCCUUUCCCCCACAAAAGUACCGCUACCACUACUCCAUCAUCCUCGGACUGACCAUUGGGCCGUGGUACAAAAAUGGGUUCGCUGGGAUAACAAUUAUCCUCACACCAUGUCUUGCAAAUUUUCAAGGUCGUAUCAACCU